AUGUUACUGGAGGACUUUUGUGUGAGGGUCUAUUUCUGGCCAUUUCUAUCGUAUUUGGCGAGCAUUAAGGGCCUGUGUCCAGUGUAUCCGACAGGUUAUUAUCCCGUCUAUACAUUUCCACCGCUGACAGCGACAUUAACGCCCACCUCGUCCACGUCUGCAGCGAUUCCGACGUUUCAACCGACGCCGCCAUUGACCACCAGCACCACAACAACAUCAACCACCACGAGCACCACAACAACCACCACUUUACCCGUGACAACGUGUCCACCACAACCAUUUGUUUGUCUGCCUGGUGGAGUGCGUCCUUUGCCGGAUUGCCCCUGCAUUGAUCCUCGCCAGCAAUCACAGCAACCGCAGCAACCACAGCAGCAGCAGCAGGCGCAGAAUCUACCAAUUGUGGCCUCCACUUUGUCAAUCGGUUCGGAUAUGAUGAUCUUCGUGCCCUUAAAUGCAGCUCGACGUCGUCGUCGACGGCAUGCUGCCCAGAUCCAGAGCUGUUACGAUGCACGUUCCCGUUCCGGCAGCUGUCUGCCUCUUACCUCCUGUGCACAUCUCAUAGAGGAGUAUCAUGCCGGCAGCGUCACUAGCGAGUUCCAAACGUUUUUGGGUCAAUCCAUUUGUGGUUUUGAUGGCUCCAGUUUUCUGGUUUGCUGUGCAACAGAGCGUGCACCUUUUGGCAGUCGUAGGCCCAAGGAGUAUGUGCUGCCCUCCACUUCACCCGUUGGUUCCUUUGCUUUCUCGCCACUGGGAACUGCAACCACACAAAGUCCUCAAUCCCCGCAGGUCGCUGUCUUUCAGCCCACGCCGCCGUUUAAUCAGGCGCCAAUUGUGGUGCGACCCACGCCAGGAUUACCAGCUCCAGCUCCGAAUCCUGCUUCUGUUUCAAGCGGUUGUGGUAUUGGUGGUGCUACCACAAAUCGUGUGGUUGGCGGUUUGCCGGUGAGAAAAGGUGCCUAUCCCUGGAUGGCUGCUCUCGGCUACAACGAUGCAUCCAAUGGUAAUGCAUUAAAGUUUCUCUGUGCCGGCAGUCUGAUCAGUUCACAGUUUGUGGUUACCUCGGCUCACUGCAUCAAUCCAAUGCUGAUUCUGGUGCGACUUGGUGCCCAUGAUCUGUCCAAGACCACAGAGCUGGGAGCCAUCGAUUUUCGCAUUCAGCGCAGCUUUGUUCAUGAACAAUACGAUUUGGCUUCCAUUGCCAAUGAUAUUGCGUUGAUCGAGCUGAACGGUGUGGCGCCAUCUAACGGCGAUAUCCGACCAAUUUGUCUGCCCGAGGGCAGCAGGUUUCAGCGUGAGGACGAAUUCGUGGGCAUGAAUCCCUUUGUGGCCGGUUAUGGAGCAACAAAGCAUCAAGGAGACACCUCGAAUGUGCUGCGCGAUGCACAGGUGCCGAUCGUGUCGCGACUGAGCUGUGAGCAGAACUACAAGUCCGUCUUUCAGUUUGUGCAAUUCAGCGACAAGCUAAUCUGCGCUGGCAGCUCCACUGUGGAUGCCUGUCAGGGUGAUUCCGGUGGACCACUUAUGAUGCCACAGCUGGAUGGCGGCAUUUAUCGUUACCAUUUGCUGGGCAUCGUUUCCUUUGGUUACGAAUGUGCCAGACCAGGAUUUCCAGGCGUCUAUACGAGAGUUAACAGCUAUUUAAACUGGAUUCAGCAGAUACUGCAAGGCUCUAAUAGGGGCAGAAGGCGCUGAUUUAACCCGUUCCAUUAAAUAUAUUUUAAAUAUUACAAUUAUUUUAUAAGCAUAAAAAUUCUUUACUUUUGCA